AUGUCACAAACUCCGACUCAAACUCAACGCCGACUCCGUGGCCCUCAAAAAUCUAAAGCAUGUGAUUCUUGCAAAAGCAGAAAGAUCCGAUGUUCCGGUUAUCCUCCGCCUUGUUCAAGUUGCAACGAACGGAAAGAUGCCUGUCACUUUGGACAUCGCAAGAUUCCACUGAGAAAAAAUGUCAAUAAAUCUUUAAUCUUGGGCAAUACCACAGGUUCCGCUUCUACUGAGCCCCCAACGCCGGUCUUGCCAUCAGAAAGAUCUCCAACGAACCAAUGUCGCGACAACAAGGAAAUUUUGCAAUUUACAGAAGGCGAUAUCUUCAUCGAUCGUAUCCUUUUUGGGAUGCCUUCAAAUGAUUUGGCAGGUAAAGAGCAACGUUUUUCUCUCAAGGGUAUCGGCUUACUUAGCGGUACCUCAAGGGUCACAUUCUUCUCUGACAGCAGACUGGAAACUCUUUCUGCAAAACUUCAAAACAACAAGGUUGAUGAUCUGAUGCGCAGGAUCUCAUCAAUUAUCAAAAACAAAGUGAAGCCGACAAGUAGCAUAUCUGCUGUUUACAGUCUUGAACAAGGUCUUCCAUUGCUCGACCACGCAACAGCAGCAAAGUAUAUAAUGAUCUACUAUGAGCGAGUUCAUCCUCUGUUUCCUUUUCUGGACCGCGAAUGUUUUGAUACAACCGUCGCUACAGGCAAUCUCAACAGUAUCUUUAGUAACGACUCAGCAUUCUCUGCGCUUUAUCACUCAGUCCUGGCUUUGGGUUGCUUGCACGAUGGCGGUGGUAGUUUUGAACCUGGUAAAGGCAAAGCUUGGGAAUUGUUCUCUGUGGCGUCGCCUCUCCUUCCUGAUAUAGUGAAAUCUGGAAAGUCGUUGGUAGCUCUCCAAGCUAUGACUGCUGCUGCGGUAUAUGCACUAGGCAUUCCAUGUCUCUCCAUCGAGGAGAAGAUCAUGACUGAUGCAGCUCGCAUGGCCCAAGAUCUGGCACCUUUACUUUCCAAAGGUCCUUUUGCCAAAUCUUUUCAUCGUGUAUUCUGGGUCAUGUAUGCAAUAGAGAAGAUGUCUAGCUUCCACUUUGGACGGAGUUCGGUUUUCAUCGACGCCAAUAUCGUAACACCCUUGCCUCAUGUGCCGGAAUCCAACUUUGGAAACUUCAAUUGGGCUCUGGCAAUUGCCCGACAUUGCCGCUUAUUGUCACGGGCAUUGACGACAUUAUUUUCCCCAGGUAUUUGUGGCAGGGGACCGAACUAUUUUCUUAGCACCUUGAGUCAACUUGAACAGGAUCUUGAGCAAUGGCGAAUGUCUAUUUCAGAAGACCUUCGACCUGCGCCUUCUCACAAGCCCCAUUUGUAUCGUCGACCAGUCAAAGGCUCGAUAGCGAUUUGGGUCAAUUAUCUGUACUACAGCUUCAAACUCAUUCUUUUAAGAAGUAGACUGCAGAUUAAUGGGGACCCUGAGAACGACCUGACAAAGCCAUCGUACAGAGAACUGCUCAUAGAGAUUUCUCGAUCCAUUCUUGAGAUUACUACAUAUAUUGACGUGGAGCCCUCCACACCCCUAUGGAUCUUGGCAGGUAUUCCGAUCUGUGCUCUUUUCGUUCUUUUUGAUCACGUCAUAAGCGACCCCAAAUCGCCUGAUACAAGAAGCAAUCUCGCACUUCUCGAUAUUGCAGGAGGGCAUUUUAGCCGGAUCGAGUUUGCGAGUGGAGGAUCACUGCCAGGGUCUCUUAUCAGCGAGUUUACAUAUAUCGCACGGGAGUACAUCAACCAGUUGACAUCACGAGGUAUACUGAAAGAAUCGCAAAACGCUCUUCGACCGAAUGAUGGAAGCUUCUCUGCGUUGGGAACCACCGAAGCCACUAGUAUUCCUACACUCGCCACUCCCAAUACUGGACAGGUAGCAAGAUCUCUCACUCCUCCUAUACCCCAGGCCAUGAUCCCAGAUACAGCGUCUUUGAUUUCACCUUUGUACGCACCAAUCGAGACAUUGUGGGAUCAAGAGAAUGAUUCAUUCUUUGGAAUUGAUGUAAUGGAUAUAUUCAGUAAUCUGUAA